AUGAUCAUGAAGAUUUACUUCUACUGGUGUGUGCUGCUUCUUGCGAGCUGCGCAUCUGCCUUCGUGGAUCGGGAUUUGAAGUUGGGCAAUCAGGGCCCGUCGUCGCCAGCCAAUCUCGCUCCUCCGCUCCUCACCUCGACCAUAACCGUGACUCCAACCACCAUCACCGUCACAUCGGGCGUCAGCAACAUCAUCCCCAACAUCCCGCUCCCUUCUUCCUCCUCAGCCGGCACUCAGCAACAACCAUCACCAGUGCCACCGAGUAGUCCCUCCCACGGACCUCCCUCUCCCCAGUCUCCCGUCCAAAACGCCCUGCCCAUCCCUUACAACUGUGCCAGCCCCGUGCCUGGCCUCUCCCCCCCGGACUGCACCUACCUCUCCACCAUCGGCGUCAUCUCGCAGGGACAAAACGCCCUUUCGGCCGCCUCAGGGACCGCGGGCAUCUAUCUCGGCACCAACGGUCCCAACACCUUCUCCUUCAUCAACGGGGCCUCGGUGCCUUUGAUCCUGGUGGUCUGGUACAACCCCGUAGAAGACGCACAGUCCUCGUUCAUGGACGCGCGCACCCCCAAGAUCACGUACUCGCUCCCCACGCAAGGCAAUGCAGUGGUGGUGUCGAUUGAUAACGAGGUUCCCGGCGGCUGGUCGACGCUGUACAACUACACGACGACACUGACGGAGUACGGGCAGGUGAACAAUACGUUUGGCGAGUUCAACACGGGCUCAUUUGCCACGACGGACGUAAGUCGGCUGGUGAACAUGCAAGGACAUCCGAUGACGGUGGUGGUCAGAGGGAGCGGGUGCCGGUCGGACAUGCAGACUUGUGUGUACACGUGCAGUGAGCCGGGGGCCGUUACAUGCGGGAGGCAAAGGAGUUAUAGAUUGGAGAAUUGCCAGGGCCAGCCGGGGGCAGUGGUGAGUAAUGAUGCGAAUGGGAAUCCGACGGGUGGAUGUCAGGGCUGGAGUAAUGGAGGGCAUGUUGAUGUCAUUUUCACUUGAUGUGCCAACGGAAGAGGGACGAAGUAGGAAAAAGGACUGUGAAAUGUUAGACGAAGCUUCAUGCCAUGUAAGAAGGAGGGAAAGGUAUCGGCGUAGAUGAUGGCUGAUGGGUCCAGUUAGCAUGAUGUCCCGUACCCAGAGAAACGUUGAUUUUUCCGUGAAAGAUGGACAUGUCCCAAGUAGACUGCAGCUGUCAGACAUGCAUUCAAUUAACAGCGCAUACCUGGUCCCUGCAUGUAUCCAAGUCUCGUCUCGAUAUGGUCCACCCUCUGAUCCUGUCGUCCUCCGUCACUUCCAUUGCACCUCACAGCUAAGAGAACUAAAGGCUGAACUCCAGCCUAUUCCCCGCAUAGUCCCUCGCAAAGAAUCUCUUUGGGUACUCAACUCCCUGGUGACCUACAAUAGCGUUGGUAUCAGCCCAAGUACUCACCACCCCCUCAUCCCCUCUUCCACCCCUCAAGUCAGGGAAAAAGAAAAUAGGA